AAAAUCGUGAAGGGACAAAAAAUUUUCGUUCCAAAACAUACGCGCAAAAACAAAUCGUUCAAAAUGAAAAUUUCUACCCGUUAUGGAGUUUUGAUGCACUUUUCGUAAAAGAUCCGAACAUUUUCUCAAGUUUUGUGCUAGUUGAACCUUAAAUUGUGAAAAUUUGAGUGAAAUUCUUGAUCCAGUGUAAUAAUUUCUUGAAAAGUAAUGCAACAUUAAUGAUGAGUAGAAAACGCGAAGCUGCACCACCAGCUUUAAUUUUGUUGAGUGAUAUCAAAGAAGCUGUACCGAAAUUUAAUGUCAUUGAUUCUCCAUCAUUUCUUAUUGGAAGAUCCCCAGAUUCGAAUUUAACCCUGCUAGGAAAGAAUAUUUCUAGAAAGCACUGCACCUUCGAUUACGAUGAAGAAGCAAAAAAAUGGAAGAUCCAGUCACAUAGCCGUACUCCUGUCUCCGUUCAAGGGAAAAAUGUCAAAGCAAACUCUUCGAUUACUUUGGAAUGCGGUGAUAAAAUAAAAAUUACGCCAAAUAUUGUUUUCGAAUUCAAAUGUUCUCCCGACAGUCAACAAAAAUGCUGUAUGGAUUUUAAGAGACCGAGAUUCUCUAGCGACGAUGAAGAGGAUGAAGACGAUGAUAUUUCUUCUACAAGAAACGCGCAAAACUUGAACGACGACGUUGCAUUUCCCGAUUUGGACGAUGAUAUUGGAUAUCCCAACUUGGACGAUGACGUUGCGCUUAUUCCACACAUCAACGAUGUGGACGAGGAUAUUUCACUUAUCACCGAUUUUGGCAACGUAAAGAAGAAUGUAGCGUCAAUUCCAAACGUUGAUAGCGACGAUCAAACUGCUUCAUUCGACGACAAACCUGAGUUACCAAGCACUCUUCCUGUUGCAUUAUUACCAGAUUCUGAGGAUUUUACAGAAUUUCGCGCCAAUUAUUCUGAUUCGGUUACUGAAUCGUACAAUAAAGCGUAUUCGGAUCCGGUAUCACCGUCUGGCAUUGAUUCGUUACCUUUAUCGAAUGAUAAUGUUGAUUUUACUUCGCCUCUCACCGUUGACGAUUUGGAGAAAGAAAUACAAAGUUACGUAAACUUCGAUCUAGACAUCUUCGGCGAUAAAGCUUCGAGCCAUCAAAAGCUGAAAGAUGAUUUGGAAUAUAGACUCAAAUUCAUAAGAAAAUUAAUUAAUUUCAACUCAUCUUGCGAAUCAUACUUCUCCAACCCGGACGAUGUUUACAUGUUGAAAGCGUCAAUUGAAGAAUUACCCGCUGAACUUUCAAAAUCAGACUAUCAAAAUGAAAAAACGUUGUGUAAACAGUCAGAUGAAAAAUUGAAUCGUAUUAUUUUGAACAUGGAUGCAAUAUUGAUGGAGAAAACUAAACUGGCUGCCAAUUUCGUGCAUAAAUUUCUCGAAAAAUUUCCCAGUAAAAAGCUUCAUGAUACUUUCGAAAAUUCGCAAAAUCUUCUGGACGACGACGGACUAGAUUUCAAACCAAAAAGUACGCUUGGUGGUAAAGAACACGAAGAUCUCGUUCGCGAAAAAAACGAUUUACAAACUGAAAUAGAAAAAUACAAGGAAGAAAAUAAGCGACAUAAAGAAAAUACGAGCUGGCAAGAAUCAAGAAUUAAAUUUCUAGAGCUGAAAAUAAAGGACAAAGAAAAACUCGAGAUUGAACUGGAAAAUGCGAAAGAAGAAACCGAACUAUUGGAAAAACAAAAUGCUGAUAUGAAACGCGAUUUGGCCAAUCUCGAAAUAAUGGAAUUAGAGUACAAAAACAUAUUGGAAACGAAUAAAUACCGCGAAGAAGAUAAACGAGAUAAAGAUGCUUUACAGCGCACUAUUAAUACUCUGGAGAGUCAGAUGAAAGUACUUAAAGAAGAUAAUGCUCUAUUAUUGAGUGAUAAUUGUGUAAAGAAGGAUGAAAUUACAAACCUGAAAAAGAAAUGCGAGGAGUUAGAAGAAAAGAUCAAAGAAAAAAUUGUCGCCGCUACACGAUGCGUUAGUGCAUGUGGAAUUUCAGGUGACGGUUCUUCAGAAGAAGAGUAUUGCUGUGAUAUGGUCAAGGAAGUUAAAACCAGUUUAAUGGACUUGAUGGAAAAAGAAUUUAGUUGCAGCAUUUGCGGUGAAAUGCUUAUAGAAUCCACAGUUACUAACUGCAACCACGUAUUCUGCUCGUUUUGUCUACAAGAGUGGAAGAAGAAACAAAAGAAAUGUCCGUUUUGCCGAGGACCGCUUUCUAAAGAAGUCAGAGCUGUUAUUAUAGACGAUUACAUCACAAGCUUCAUGAAACUGCUUUCCGAAAAAAUGUACGCCGAACGAAUGAAAGUGAUCAGUGACAGAACAGCUAAAAAAGCACCACCGCCGCCUCCAACUCCUCAAGGCAGAGGUAGAACCGCUAGGAGGAACAGUAGGCAAGCAGCCGCAGUUGUUGAUCUCAGCUGAAUUUUGUUUUACUGAAAGAAUAUUUUUUUUUACUUGUGAAGACUGCAUUAAAAUACAACUUCAUCUUCGAAACUGUCUCGUCGUAAGAUUUGUACUUGUGAAUUUCUUUUGUAAAAUAGACUUUAUUUUAUUUGUAAUCUAAUUUAGAUACGCUUGAAUGUUUUAAAAGCAGAUGUUAGUGGUGUUUUUAUUUUUCGUUAAUGAGUCAAAAAUUAAAGUCACUUUUGAUAUUGGAAAAUGUGUUUUGCUCCUGAACGAAAGUAAUCAAACAUACUCAUUUGGAUCUCUGGUUCAAAAAAAAUCGAUCGAUUUUCUUGGUUUGUAAAUUUGAACAAGUUUUACUUGGUAUAUUCACCUUCUGGGAUAUAUUUCAAAAAAUAUUCGUUGUGAACGAAACAUAAAAUGCCAUUAUUGACAUGUAACAGCAUUUAAAAUCUUAAGAUUUGUUGGAGUAUUGAUUAUAAAAUAUUGAAGGAAUUACAAAAUUCCAUCUACUCAUUUAAGCUUCGGUAUAUUUACAUUUACAACUUGUAUUUCUCUCAUCAUAGGUUGAUUGCGUGAAGAAACUUCCUCAACUACCAUGUACACAAUAUUUUCCAAUUUAUUUUUAAAAUCCGAUGUUUUUUUUACCUAUUUAGAUUUAGUAAUGUUUUGUACUGUUUUACGUACGUGAUUGUCGAGGGUUUUUUCAAUAAACGUAUGAAUUCGUC